AUGAACGACCGACACGCGCUUGUCUGGACGCGCAGCCCGGUGGUCGUCCCAGACCCCCCUUCCAACACCACUCGCUCCUACAUUCCAACACCCCUAGGGAAACUCGAGAUCCUCUCUGCUCAACCUUCACCGUCCUCUCCUUCAUCGCCCAGGAAGAAAGCAAUCCUCUUCCAACACGGCGGUUUCGGACACGCCUCCGUCUGGGACAACUACCUCACCUACUUUAGCAAACUUGGUUACCCCUGCUACGCGCUCUCACUUCGCGGUCAUGGGGCUUCCUGGAAACCUAGCUACUUGCGAAUGGUAUGGGGAUACGGAAAACGUGAUUUUGCACAAGAUCUAGGUCAUGCGCUCACUUGGGUUUCUGGUGUUGAGACCGGUUUAAGAGGAGGAAAUUUCAGCUCCGAAGAUCUGGUAUUGAUAGGACAUUCAGCUGGGGGUGGAUUGUCACAGUACUUUUUGAGCCAAGGAAUGGGGGAGGUGGGCGCUUUGGUGAUUUGCGCAGGAUUCCCUAACUUUGGAGGUCUGGGGGUGUACUGGAACUGGUUCAAAAACGACCCCUGGUUCGCCCCUCGCUAUUAUAUACGUGACUUUUGGCAUUCCCGCUCUCCACUCUCUUCUACAACGCUUGUUCACCGAGCAUUCUUUUCACCCGAGUUCCCUAGAGAGGAAGUCAAGAAGUGGGAGCUAUACAUACCGGAGUACGAGAGUAUGCUAUGGCCUCUCGGCAUGAUGCUCCCGUUUGUGAACGUGUGGAAUGUUGUGAAGAAUAUUACUGGCUGGGGAAAGAGUAAAAGGUUGAUGGUCCUCGCUGGCGAGAAGGAUACUUUGAUGGGCGUGACUUUGAUGCAGCAGAUGGCGGGGAUUUAUCGGAAAACUGCCGCAAAAACUCUGAAAUCAAGGGAUCAGGGGAAGGUCGAUGAUGGAUGGGCUGAUGUGGAUAAUAUUGAGUUUGAUGUUGUCAGCAACGCAGGGCAUCAUAUUCAGAAUGACCUUACUUGGGAGGAAGGCGCGGAGAAGAUUCUGGGUUUCUUGGGUCAGCUAUAA